AUGCAUAGAAGACACACAAGUUUGCAUGCGAAAAGGAAACAUGGUGUGUUUAUUUUUCUAAAUAAAAACCAGCUGACUGGAAAUAAUAAAUACGAAGAGCAGGGUGGUACCUUCAUUAUAAAGAAGAGAACCCUUUUCACAUGUGAAUAUUUUCCGCAUUUCAUCAUCAACUUGUGUACCUACAUGUUUGCAAGCAAGGGAAAUAAACUUCCAAUGGUGUCUACAUAUUUUUUGUAA